AAAAUACCUAAUUAAAAGUGAUUUUAUAAUUAUACGAUUAAGUUUUAUCAAUAAUGACUAGUGUAAGGAACAGGAACAAAUAUAAUGAGCUACAAAAAAGUAAAGAGCAGCGCGAAGUAAAGAGUAAAGGAACAUCAUCUCCCAAUAGAAGUUUACCUUUAAGAGUUCUAUCUAGAUCAGUAGUAAUUUUCUCACUUCUAAUUAUUGUGUACUUCUCAUCCAAAAAUGAGAAGUUUAUCACUUUUGCUAGGCAAAGCGAUCUUUUAGCUGGAAAAGGCUUAACAGUGGAAUGCUCUGCGGAAUACUCGAAAGAAGUAGACAAGUAUGAAGGAUGCGCACCUAAAGAAUGCAGAAGAUAUAUCACUGAUAAGAUUAUUUCAGUGAGAGAAGCAGAAGAGUUGUUACAAAUUGCCAUAAAGGGUUUAAAGCUUGGUGGCUCUAGUGGUGGUGCAUCAAUUUUAGAUCUCCACAGUGGUGCUUUGUCAAAAGGGCAACAGUUUGUAAAUAUUUAUAAAUUAAACAGUAUGAAAAAUUUAUUUACCCAAAGCGAUUUUAACACAUACAGGGUGAUUAAAGAUAAAAUAAAAUUUGCAAUUGCACAUCACUUUGAUGUAGAUCCUACAAAAAUUUACCUUACACAUCCAACAUUUUUUUCGGAAAUUACACCCAAGAAAGCUAUCACUAUACAUGAUGAAUACUGGCAUCCUCAUGUGGAUAAGGAAACAUACAAGUCAUUCCAUUAUACUAGUCUCUUGUAUCUUAGUGAUUAUAAUCUGGACUUCAAAGGUGGACGGUUUGUGUUUAUGGAUGAAAAGCAGAAUAGCACAAUAGAGCCAAAAAAAGCUAGACUCAGUGUUUUUACUAGUGGUGGUGAAAAUCUGCACUAUGUAGAAAAAGUAACAUCUGGAGUGCGAUAUGCUGUAACCAUUUCAUUUACUUGUGAUAAAAAUUUUGCUGUCGAAGACCCAAGUACUGAAAAAUACAAUAUGUAAUUAAGAAAAUGUGGUGUUUAGAUUU